GGUUUUAUGUGGGUAGCCGGAAUAGAAGCAACUUCGGCCGUGGGACUCGCUGCUGUUGCAUUUUACGGCCUGACUUUUCGGUUGCCAGCGAUAUGGUAACCGAGGGUUGGAUGUUGACAGCCGGCUCGCUCUGUCCCUGCGUCCUUUUUUCUCUUUGGCAUUACUUGCCGCACCCUUCAUGUUCAAACUUGAGAAUUCAGGUUUCAGUUCUCACCAUGGCCAUCACUCAGUUUCGGUUAUUUAAGGUUUGUACCUGCCUAGCAACAGUAUUCUCAUUCUUAAAGAGAUUAAUAUGCAGAUCUGGCAGAGGAAGGAAAUUAAGUGGAGAUCAAAUAACUUUGCCAACUACAGUUGACUAUUCAUCAGUUCCUAAGCAGACAGAUGUUGAAGAGUGGACUUCCUGGGAUGAAGAUGCACCUACAAGUGUAAAAAUUGAAGGAGGGAAUGGGAAUGUGCCAGCACCACAGAAUGCUCUGGAACAGCUGGAACCUGAUUAUUUUAAAGACAUGACACCAACUAUAAGGAAAACUCAGAAAAUUGUUAUUAAGAAAAGAGAACCGUUAAAUUUUGGCAUCCCAGACGGUAGCACAGGUUUCUCCAGUAGAUUAGCAGCUACACAAGAUAUGCCUUUUAUUCAUCAAUCUUCUGAAUUAGGGGAUUUAGAUACCUGGCAAGAAAAUACUAAUGCCUGGGAAGAAGAGGAAGAUGCGGCGUGGCAAGCAGAAGAAGUUCUGAGGCAGCAGAAGAUAGCAGACAGAGAAAAGAGAGCAGCAGAACAACAAAGGAAGAAAAUGGAAAAGGAAGCACAGCGGCUUAUGAAGAAGGAACAAAACAAAAUUGGUGUGAAACUGUCAUAAAAACUCUUCAUGAGAUGUCAUAGUGCCAGUAAGAAGCAUCCAAGCUCCACAACCCCAGGCAUCAUUUGUAUGGAUAUGAAAGUAUUUUCAGAAUACAAAGACAUUACUUGAUUUUAAUGCAUUUACCAGGACACCCAAGAUUCUCACAAAGUUUCUUGGAGUCUCAGUUGAAAUCUUCAUGACUGAGACUCAAGAGAACAGAAGACUUAUAGGAGAUAAUAUUUUCUUCAACAUGCUCCAAACAUGAGACAGUUGUUUGCUGUAGAGAAAUUAUUACAAAUGGAUUGUUUAAGUACCUCUCAAGCUAGUCUUUCUAGCUGAAUAAAUGGGUGUAAAUAGUUUUAUGAUGGGAAAGAACUCUGCUAUCUAUUAUGCUUUCCUGCAAUGUGCAUAAUUAUAAAAUAAAUAGUUUUAAUAUU